GGCUCAAAGCGCACCGGUAGCAGCGCCAGGCCCCGAGUCGACGCAAUCCCGACGCAGCCGCAGCGGUUGGCCCAGAUUUUCAAGCCGAUGGGCAAGGUGCUGGCGGCGCGCAGCGGCCGAGAGAAGUUGUCGGCAGCCGCGGGCGACGCGGGCGAGGGCAAGGCCAUGGGUAGGGCCGAGGGCGCGGCCGACGCUGCAGCGCGAAGUCAAGGUGAGGGCGGGCCUCCGCGACGACAACGAGAACUACAUGAUGAUGUUCAAGCCGAUGAGCAAGCUGGAGUCGGCGCUGGACCGAGCGUUCAAGCACUGCGAGGACAAGGGCUGCGAGGCCAAGGAGAAGACCAAGGAGGAGGAGAUCGCCUACUCGGGCAGCCCACUGGGGGCGCGCCCAGGCGGUUCGGCGAACGCGGUGGCAAUCCGCAUCCUUGAAGCACGCGCGCGCAAAUUGCCGUGUCCCUUUGCGGCUGGGGCGGGAAGAUGGUGGCGCAUUCCGUUUUUUACCCAGCGAAUUCAGAAGCAUGCGGCGGACAAAAAGGCUUACAGGCCCCACGGUACGGACAACCCCCGUAUCCAUGGGGCGUUGACGCGCAGCUCGCCGGAAGCGUAAUUCGUAGUUCUGCAACCGUGGAAAGGGACCCG